UAGUAACCAACCAACUGUUAGAGUGAGUGAUUCAUGUCUAAAUAGCAAGUAAUGAUAAUAAGCCGGGAUGUCUUGGGAACAAAAGCCAAACCCCACCCGUAUUCAUCUAUCAUCAUUGUAAAAAACAGUCCAACACAAUAACGGAGAAGUGAGAACCUGAGACUGGAUUUUAUUUUAUUUCCCGAAAGAAUAGGAAUUUGUAUAUCGAAGCCAGGCGGUGCGACGAGCAGAGCCGUUGCGCGGAGGCUUCCGCAACCGGUUGCGCUAUUUCACACCUCCACUGCCGCCAACGUCUGCGACAAGUCAUCGCCUACCAACAUGAAAGGCCUCUUCAAAUCAAAGCCGCGAACUCCCGUUGACAUGGUCCGGCAAACGCGUGAUCUCCUCAUCUAUGCUGAUCGCUCCCCCGAUAGUCGUGAAUCCAAGCGCGAAGAGAAGAUGGCAGAAUUAUGUAAAAACAUAAGGGAAUUGAAGUCUAUUCUUUAUGGAAAUAGUGAAUCUGAGCCAGUUUCUGAAGCUUGUGCACAACUAACUCAGGAGUUCUUUAGAGAGAACACACUGCGGCUUUUGAUCACUUGUCUUCCUAAAUUGAAUUUAGAGGCGAGGAAAGAUGCAACUCAAGUUGUUGCAAAUUUGCAAAGGCAGCAAGUGCAUUCGCGGUUGAUUGCUUCUGAUUACUUGGAGGCGAACUUAGAUCUAAUGGAUAUUUUAAUAGCAGGUUAUGAGAACACAGACAUGGCUUUACAUUAUGGUGCAAUGUUGAGAGAAUGCAUACGGCAUCAGACUGUUGCAAGGCAUGUUUUGGAAUCAGAGCACAUGAAGAAGUUUUAUGACUAUAUACAACUUCCAAAUUUUGACAUUGCUGCUGAUGCUGCUGCAACUUUUAAGGAGCUUCUGACAAGGCAUAAAUCCACUGUAGCUGAAUUUCUUUCCAAGAACUAUGACUGGUUUUUUGCAGAAUAUAACUCAAAGUUGCUGGAAUCUACCAACUACAUUACGAGAAGACAAGCUAUUAAGUUGUUGGGGGAUAUUUUGUUGGACCGCUCAAAUUCAGCUGUCAUGACUAGAUACGUGAGCUCAAGGGAUAAUUUAAGGAUUCUUAUGAAUCUUCUAAGGGAAUCAAGCAAGAGCAUCCAAUUAGAAGCUUUUCAUGUUUUCAAGUUGUUUGCUGCGAAUCAAAAUAAGCCUCCAGAUAUCGUUAGCAUACUGGUUGCAAAUAAAAGCAAGCUUUUACGUUUGUUUGCUGAUUUCAAGACUGAUAAAGCUGAUGAACAGUUUGAGGCGGAUAAGGCUCAAGUUGUGAAAGAAAUAGCUGCCCUUUAGCUUUAAGACUGGCCUGGGCAUAGUGAUCUCUAGUGUACUGUAUUCUUUCUAUUUUUGGUUUUAAUGUUAUUAAAACAAGCUGACUGUGAUUCACAUAGUGAUUUUUUGUAGGACGUAUGUGCAAUAUUAUAUUAUAUAUUAUAUAUAUAUGUAAAAGAGGCUCUUAUUCUUAAUCUUAGUUUAUCAUUAUCUGUAA